AUGAUGGUCGAUAAAAGUUUUAUGUUACUGGUAAAAAACAUAAAGGAUUUGAACAUUUCUCAGAUAUUAGAAGAGAAUUACAGAAAAAGAAUGGGAGUUGUCCUGGAUCAGAGUUGUCCUGGGGCAAAAAACUUUUUAACUCAGUGCAAAAAUAUAAAAUGCUUCGAUAACAAGCAUUUUUGGCUUAUUUUAUCCAAUUCACCCAACUAUACGCAAACCUUUGAGAAUGUAAACUUGGAAAUAAGCUCAGAAAUAAAAGUAGCGUAUCCAAAAACAGCAAGAGGAUCUAGGAACGAUGGUUCUUCAGAAGAGUAUGUUAUCGAUGAUGUGUAUAAUCCAGCAUACAAAAAAGGUGGUGAUUUGAAAAUAUCCACGGUGGGACAUUACGACAAACUUAGAGGGUACUGGGUAGAUUUGAAGCAAAAUAAGUAUUUUGAAAGACGAAAUCUCACUGGAAUUACAUUAAAAGGAAUUGUCGUUUUACCUGAUCCUUUUGAUGGGACACUGAAAGAAUAUUUGAAAAGCAAUAGGGAUAAGGAAUGGAACACGUUCAACAGAUUCCAUAAUCGAUUAAUGACGUACUGCGGAAGCUACUAUAACGUUAGUUUUGAUGUAAAAAUGUCGAAGUCUUGGGGAUAUAUCCAGCCCAAUGGAUAUUUCGAUGGGCUUGUAGGAGCUUUAUCCAGAAAGGAAAUCGACGUGGGUUUAUCUCCAGUAUUUGUCAAAAUUGACAGAUUGCCUCACGUUACUUACGGAAGAAAAACCUGGAAUUUAAGAGCGGCUUUUAUAUUGAGAAAUCCCAAAUCUCGAAAAUCCUACCAGAUUUUUUUAAAACCCUUGUCAGUAUCAGUCUGGAUAGGUAUUAUAAUAUCAUGCUCUGCAUCAGUCAUGGCGUUGUGGUUUAGCUAUAAGCUAGAGAACGCAUAUAAUUUUAUCGAAAAAGCGGAUGCCACUCUGUCAUAUAUAGUUCUGUCUACGUUUGGUGCUUUUUGCCAACAAGGUGUGCUCAGUAGUCCACCAUUCGUCUCUGGAAGAAUAGUGAUUAUUUUCACUUUGUUGCUUGGCUCUCUAGUGUAUCAAUUUUAUUCUGCUAGUUUGGUGUCGUUCUUGUUGAACGUCCCUACGACACUUAUAACUAACUUACAAGGAAUCCUGGAUCAAGGAUUUAAAAUUGGAUGCCAGGACACAUUGUACGAUAGACAAUAUUUGUCGAGGUCAACUGACAACGUUACCAAACAAAUUUACAGAAUAGUCACCAAGAGGUCGACUGAUAAUGAGACAGGUUUCUUAGAAGCAGAAGUAGGCCUCAAGUUGAUGAAGGAAGGGCAGUACGCUUUUCACGUUGGUUUGGAAGUUGCCUACCCCAUCAUACAAGCGACUUUUGAUGAAGCCACCAUUUGCGAACUUAGAGAAGUACCAAUGUGGGGCCAAAGACACGUUCAUGGUAUUUACCAAAAGCAUUCACCACUGAAGGACGUCUUCGACGUUUGCUUGAACAGACUCAGCGAAAACGGGGUUUUGAACAGGGAGUACCAAUUUUGGCACCCGAAGAAACCAGAAUGUUUGAAAUCAGGGUCUAAUAUAAAGAUUCACACAGGAUUGGAGGAUUUCUAUCCCGCUUUGGUGGUUCUAUUGUUAGGAAUUGUGGCCAGCUUACAGAUUUUGGCAGUGGAAAUUUUGUGGCGCAAUCGAAAUAUUACGAGUCCAUUUAAAAAAGACACGGUUUAUCCUUAUUGCAACUAAAAACUAAAACAAGUUUAUGACGAUGAUAGAAGUAAAAUAGAUAGCUAGUAAUUAUUGUUCGAUAAGUUCACCUAUUUAUAAAAUAUAAUUUUUUUGCACAUAUCUAAUUAAUUAGUAGUAUUUGAUGCACAUGAUCAUUCACAGGGGUCCACUUGCAUGCUAUUGAACUUUCACUCACUUGUUUAAUAAAAAAAAUAUUAGAAAGAAAUAUACAUUUCUGCCAUUUUUUACGUAAAAAAGUUCUCUUAUUAAAAAGCGCUACGAGUAUAUUUGUUUCUAAAUUUUUCUUAUUAACUUCAAUUUUAACGUCUUUUAGUAAAUCUGCA